AUGCGCCGCUCUAUGGAGUGCUGGGUCUGCUUCCGAUCGCUGGUGGAGCACGGCAGCCAGCUGUGCGGAGUUCAACCACUUCCGUGUGGCCAUUACUUUCAUGCUGUGUGCCUCGAAGAAGUCAAGGACAUCACUGGAUGUGACAGCUGUCCCGCCUGCGCAGACGUAUGCUCUCGUGGCCACGAUGCCCAGGCUCUGUGUCUCGCUGCGUCAGUGGAGUAUCUCCGUGCGCUUCGGGCAACCUCGGCAGGAACGCCUGCACGGUUUGUUGUAAUGCAGCGGUGCCACCUUCAUUUGAACAGGGCGCUCGCUCUCGACAGCAAUCACGGCAACAGCCUGACUUUGCUGGGGAUAUUGCAUCAAUCUGGGAUGGGUGUGCCUUUAGAUGAAAUAAAAGCCUACCAGUGCUUUCUCAAGGCACACCAGAACAGUGACCCAGUAGGCACGCUUUAUCUGGCUCGCUGUUACAAGCGCGGCACGGGAUGCAACACAGACCUGGAGCGGGCACGUCAGCUCUUUUCUGAGGCUGACGCACAAGGCAAGCAAAUGGCCACACUGGAGCUGGCGUUGAUGCUUCGUUCAGGUCUGGGAGGCAGCACAGACUUCGUGAAGGCUGUAGAGCUCUUUCGAAAAGCUGACAGAGGUGGCGAUGCUCUCGCCGCAUAUGAGCUUGGCAUGGCAUAUCUCCAGGAGAGAAUGGGCCUGCAGAAGGAUGCGGAGAAGGCACGUGCCUACAUGGAGGCUGCCCACCGACGCGGAUAUAUUCCAGCAGUUGUUGAGCUUUCGCAGAUCUACAUGCUGGGUAUUGGCGGCCCCCGGGAAGCAAACAAAGCCCGAGAACUGGCUAUGGCAGUGGAUUUUCCAAAGCCACAUCACCCAUCAGAAGUUGUGGACAGCAAGGCGCUGACACAUGGAUGGCUAAGCAGCUCUGUGCAAGAGCUGUAUGCUGUGGAUGUCGAAAAGCUGGAUCCGAAUGAGUGGUGGCAACUGCGCGUGCCCAAUCCAGAAGAGGAGGAUCCAGACGCUAUGCUGAAAGCAAUGGGUCUGUACACGUCGCCGGCCAAGAUAACCACAAGUGGACCGUUUGCACCGCGUCCUCAAGUGACGCCACCGCCAGGAAGCCAACCUGGUGGCCUGUGGCGUGCUGCCAUGGCAUUUGGCAGCACAGAAUACGGGGAACCAAUUGCCGUUUCCGAAGAGCAGGCAGCCACAGCCACAGGAAGGCGAGUGGUCGUGGAGACCAAGGAGAAGGACGGCGUUUCAAUUAUCGCGGAGUAUGUCCUCCCACACGAAUAUGAUGCUUUCAUGGGCAGACGACCCCAAUUGGAGAAGAGCUCCACGCAAAGUUGCACACCUUUCGGCAGUAUGUCUACCAGGCUGCGCAAGUGGAUGAUGGGGUCUGCUCCAGCCCGGCAGCCGCACCUGCAGAAAUGA